AUGCUUUUCAAGAGUGCCCUAGUAGGCACCCUGCUCGCGGCUGGACACGCAGCAGCUUUCAAGGGCCCGGAGCUCAACGCCCGUCUUCAGCCAGCCCAAGAUGUAGAGUCGAUACUUCGUCGCGACGCCGAGAUGAUGGCAACACUCACCCAACGACAAAACGCAAACUCGGCCGACACAGCGCCUCUGGCAUCACUGACACCCGCCACGGGCGACGCCUCAGCUGCCAACUUGGUCAAGUGGGAAGAGCAGACCAAGGCAGCGUGUAUGGCGACACUGGCCAACCUCAAUGGCCAAGCGUCCAACCCAAGUGGCAUUGCCGUGUGCUACAACCUGCCGUUCUUGGACAGCAAGACUGGUGUCUUCCAGGCAGAGCUUCGAAUGUACAACGUAUCAGCUCCCAUCAACCCUUGGCUUGGUGUCACCGCCGCCGACGUCAGCAUGACACUAUCCUAUCUCGGUGCAACUGUACAAAACAUGCAGGGAAACGUCACCAAGCGUGAUCUUAGCGCGCCAAUCGUGGAUGGUCAGCUAGUCGAGAAGACUGUGAAGAGGCAGAACAUCAAUGGCAUGCAGGAACUCAAGGUCCUCAUGUAUGUUGGAAGGAUCAACGACAACCUGAUGGGUUCAGCCAUGACCCAAGAGUCUCUCAAGCCCCUUCUUAUCCCGCAAAUCGACCUCGCCGCAAAGAACCCGGUUACUGGCCAAGACGUUGAAACCACCCUAUCUUCCCAGGAGGCAUCUUUCGUCAACGGUAUCUUCUCCAGGGCAGGCACUGCCCCCACUAACGCAGACCCUGAAGCUGCAGCAUCCGCAUCCGCCGCUGUGGCCUCCACCGACCCCUUUGUCGUCCCCGGAACCUCAUUGGCCUUCUUCCCAAUCGGUCUUGUCGUCACCUCCACAUGGGCCUUUUUCUUCAUCACGGCCGUUGGUUUCGGAACAUUUGGUCGCAUUCAAUACCGUGACCAGUAUAGGAGACGUGUAAGAGCAGAGUCAGCGCGCGGUGUUCGCACCAUCUAA